UUCAUCUGAGUGUUCUUUUUUCACGCGUCAUGUCUGGAAGAAACAAACAAGUACCGAACAACCACAAGGGGCGCUACACCGAGCCGGUGCCGACCUCUAACCUCGGUGAUAAUGAAGAUGAUUUUCCAGAGUUUGAGGCUUUUGAUGAUCCCACAUCUUUUGGUGAUACCACACCCAGAGGAUAUGCACCUUCAGCCGGAUCUAUGUCGGUGCAGCAUGUCAACAUGCUUCAGCAGAUGAACAAGCCGAGACACUACACCAACGACUACGACAUCUCGAACCUGGUGGUCCGUCGCGGUCAGGAGUUCCAGAUGGAAGUCACCUUCAGCCGCCCGCUGACCAACAGCGACGACUUCCAGGUCGAGUUCCUGAUUG